AUGCCCUUUUCCACUUCCUCCUCCACUACCGAGACGUCCACCACCCCGCUCGCAGACUACUUCUGGAUUGCCGGUGUCGACGGCUCGGAGAUUCUUGAAACCUUUCGCAAGCUAGGCGAUGAGUACCGGAUCGCCAGUAACACCGCGCCCGGCCCUGCGGUCACCGAUAUCAUCGAAGAAGAUGCCGACGCCGAAGCUGCCCACGAUCGCUUCGACGGGUUGCUUUCUCGAAGCUCCUCCGUUAUUGGCCCUCGUAGCUCCUUCCAGCGCCUCUCUUUUCGCUCCGAAGACUCAGAUCCCAAUGCCAAUGGUAAUGCAAACGGCACGCACAGCAACCGCAGCAGCAUGACAAUCAAGGGUGGUAAUAGUGGUGGUGUUGGUAGUGGUGCACCGUCACCGCGGGCCUCCCAAUUCUUAGGUCUGGAGGAAUUCGACUUUGACAAAGCAUUGGUCAAGUUUGCCUCGGAAAGGGAGACGUUUCUGACGGACCUAAGCCUCAGCGCGGGCGCGAUCACGCCGGCCUCUCGACCGCGGUCCAGAUUACGCACUCAGAAGAUUGUGUCCGAGGAGCCGCCCCAGUCGGGAUUGCUUCGAUCGAGCAUUGGAAGUGUGCGACGGCACAUGUCGUUUCGCGACAUGAACAGUAUGAAGAGGCAGCCGUCCGUUGCUCGUCAAGCAUCUAUUCGAACCUCGCGACGCCUAAGUAACUACAAUUCCGUAAUCCCAGCGCCCCAGCCGUUGGAGAUUUCCCCUACCAUGCAUCCUCUGAAGCGAAGAUUUGAACCCGUCCUCCUCGAUCGCUACCCUCCGAAGGGCAUGCCCGAAGACCUGAAACAGCGUGCCAACUUUCCAGACUAUGUGCCGAUGUUCGCAUUCCCAAACGACGUCAAUAUCGUUUCGUCCGACCAGAGACCGCGGUCAACAUGGCAUGGUUUCGUGAUGACGAGCGACAACGGCUCGCGUCUGCAUGCCAUCUGCGCCAUUGUCUGGAUUCCCCUGAACCAUGAAGCGGCGGACCAACUAGAAAAGUGCUGUGAGGAAUGGCGAAAAGAUAAUAUGACAGAUGAAGAACGUGAACUGGCAGCAAGCCUAGGAGAACGGUUGGCGCAGGAGCGAGCUAAGCUUUCCCGACUCCUGGCUCAGCUUCCCACCGUACCCUCCGGAUCUGAGUCGAGAGAACAAUUGGAAGACGAAAUCAGUGCAGUCGAAGAGAAGAUUGGAUUGAUGACUGAUCUCUUGCGUCCGGUGCGUCACGGAGCGGCAUCCAAGAUCGAGGGACUGACUGAUGGAGAUACUGGCUUCUGGAUUCCUCGUGCUUACGGCAUUCUGGGACGGGAGGAGAACAUGACUAGCUUCUGGAAAGAAUGGCUGAAGGCAGUCAUCGUCCCCAUGACCGACAACAGCAUCCAACGUAUUCCUCCGGCCUCUCCUCGAAUGGGUUCCUGGCAGCCCUUGGAGCGAUACGUGAUGAACCUGUGCACGGAGGCGUUCGCUCCCAACACCUCUAAAACCCAAGUGGAGCUGGCCGUGCGUGACUUGCGGCUAUUUGCUCGUAAGGAAGCCACCAAUGAGCUGCCCGGGUCUCGAAACACGGAUCUAUACGCCCUAUUCCGGACACUGUCACUGUCGAACAUUAUGAUACUGUUUGAGUAUGCUCUGACCGAAUCCCGCAUUAUUUUUCUGUCCUCGCACACGUCCAUGUUAUACCUUGCUACCAGGGCUCUGGUGGACCUUUUGUUCCCUAUCCCGUGGUCCGGCGUGCUGAUUCCCAUCCUCCCUGCGCGACUGAUCCAAGCUUUGGAGGCGCCCUGCCCGUACAUCGUCGGCAUCGAACGGCGCUAUGAAAAGGUAGAGCUUCCUUCAGAUGAUUUCGUUCUGGUGGACCUCGAUCAAGAUAUCAUAGAGAGCACGGUCAAGCCGACUCCGCUCCCCCGUCACCAGCGAAGAAAGCUUCACUCUCUGCUGCAACUUGCCGCUCCUCAUCACAGUCGAUACGGAGUGCCUACUGGCCCCCCUGCCUACGCGAUCGAGACCUUCCCGUACGACGCGUUCAUGUCCGAGAACGCCUCCAUCUACUCUUCCAAAGCACAGUCAACACAAUUAUCCAAGUACGUCAGUCUCAACUCGAACGCAUUUGGUCAGACUGCUGUUUCCCCAAACUCGCAUUUGCCUCUUAUUUUCAACGCCUUCCUGCAUGCCCGUAAUGAACAAGCACCAUCACGAGGAUAUUCAUCCAAAAGCUCGGACCGACCGGGAACCGGAUCGACCUUCAAGCCCGGAUCUCCACCAUCGCCAAGGGAUAGUUCACCCAUCUCUGGUCACUUCCCGCCGCCGCCAGCGACUCCACGCAACGACUCGGGAAUGGCGCUUCAAGCUUCCCUUCGUGAAAAGCGAUCUGGUCACUUUGACGCCGCGUCUCGGCGCAGCUCGUCCUUUGGAAUGGACAUGCGCCAGGUUCCUAGGCGGCCCAGUGCACCUUUCCUUGGUCAUGCACCGAACCUGUCUGUCAGCACGCUGAACACCGAUUUCCAGUCUACAUAUGCCCCCUCGGUUUACGCGCAGUCUACCGUCGCUGCCUCCACCAUUGUUCCCCAGCCUACAGUCCAGCCAAUCCAUAACAACGAUGGAACGUCUUGGGUGGAGGGCCAUUGCUUGCAGCUUCAACCUUGGGAUGACAAGGCGGUAUGCACGAUCUGCGACGAACGGGCAGACGAGAACAUGUACAAGUGUGUAUCCUGCAAGACACAGGUGCACAACCGAUGCGCUCACCAGAUCUGCAUUGUUUGUCCCGUCGCAUUCUACCCCGAGCAGGUGCGGGCAGCGUUCGUCCGAUGCUUUGCCAGCUUGUUCUACACAUACAAAAAGUAUCUCAAGCCAGCGAGUGGCGACAAGAAGAAGGCAGGCCUUACGUACAGUUUUGACAUGGAUGCAUUCUGCAAGAGCUUGCCAAGUGAGCAUGCUGAAUACAUCGGUGUCCUAUCACAAACCCAAGGCUUCAACGAGUUCAUUAGUGACAGGGAACGCGUGAAUCCCAAGGCGAGGGACCCGAGAAUAACGCUCUUUGACGAGAUUGUCUUAUCGAAGCGGAACAGAGGCCGGUCGUCCAUCUUCUCCGGCCGGUCCACGACAGACUUUUUGUCUGAUACCUCGAACCAUCUUUGGAGGACGGCAAGUGCUGCCUCAUUUGCCGCGGGCAGGCCGCAGCAGAGUAUCUCCGGGGACUAUACCCGAGUGGUCACACGAGCCCCCGCGAAACUCGACGCCAGUCUCAUGAAAGAGCCCCGCAUGAUUCACGGGGCGCCCCGGGUAUCGAAGACGGCUAACAAUGCCCGGCGGAAGCCCCUUCCCAAGCUCAUGAAUGGCCUUGCGAUUUCGCCUCCAUAA